AUGGCGUCGAAUUAUCCACUUCCUGUGCCUCCGCGAACUCCAACUCCGCCCCCGGAUGAUUUCCCCGGCACCUCCAGCUAUCCAUCCUACGCUCUUGACCGCGACGCCCUGUCGCCUCUCGUAGACUCGUUUCCACCGUCAUUGCGAAAUACCUCCGACUCGGAUGAUCGAAGUCGCCUUAGUCCUACAAGGGCCUCGUUCAAUCUCCCCGCGGAUUCUGCGCAACAGAAUGGCCAAAGCGACAAUGGCUCAGGACCGUUCAAUUUCAAGACCACGACUAUGGCUAAGAGCCCUAUCGUGAAGUCUAACAUUGGCCAGCGACGUGGCCACAAGUACAAACACAGUAGUAUCUCGCAUCAGAUUUUCCUCGAACCGCCCCCUAGAGCUCCUCUAGCGUUGCCCAAUUCGCUACCUAUACCGAAUCUGAAAGAAUGCCGAGCCAGUAUGUCCGUUGACCAGAAACGGAGAUUCUGGUGGAGCGUGUGCCAUAUGUUUGUCGCCGCUUAUACUUUGUGGAGUGCCCAUGGAUCCCUGGCAAUGACGGCUUUGUCCCACUUGAUUCUAUUCGACUCGUUAGGCGCAAUGCUUUGCGUUGCUGUGGACGUAUUGGGCAACUUUGAGGUCUGGAAGCGGUCGAGCAUCCGGCAUCCGUUUGGCUUGGAGCGUGCGGAAGUGCUGGCUGGAUUCGCCAUGUGUGUUCUUUUGUUGUUCAUGGGGAUGGACCUGAUCUCGCACAACCUACAGCACUUUCUCGAGUCUUCAGGGCACGAGCCACAUCACUCACAUGCUCAUGAACGUGUCUCCCCAGGAAGCGUGGACUUCACCGCGCUCCUCGCCAUCUCGUCCACCUUGGUCUCUGCGAUCGGCUUGAGAAACCAUGGACGAAUUGGAAAGGCAAUGCGAUUCGGGUACAUCGAGUCACUGCCCUCUGUUCUCAGCAACCCAUCCCAUUUCCUCACACUUUCCUGCUCCACCCUGCUCCUGAUACUCCCAUUGGUCUCCGUCCAGCUCUAUAACUGGCUGGAUGUCCUGCUAUCUAGCACAAUCUCGAUCUCCAUGUGCGUUAUUGGCGUUCGACUGGUCAAAACUCUAGGAUCAAUGCUCCUCAUGUCCUACUCGGGACCCGGUGUCUCUGAGGUCGUUCGCGACAUCGAAGCGGACCCAUGCGUAUUCGCCGUCGAUGACGCCCGGUUCUGGCAGGUGCAUUACGGCCUAUGCAUGGCGAAUCUGAAGCUUCGCGUAUCCGGUUCGGAAGACAAUCUUUCCAGACUCCGUGAGCGUGUGUCCAGCCUGGUCAGGAAUCGGCUUGGUGGAGGAUACGGCGGCGGUGGUCAGAAGUGGGAGAUUUCUGUUCAAUUCACAAUAGAGAAGUCUUGA